AUGAAACAAUUCAUAAGUCCCAAACUAUGGUUCAAUUUCACCACAUCCGUUUCCUCUCCUUUCUCAUAAUAACACUAGCAGCAGGCCUCUUCCCGGGCACCCAUGCAGUCUACUAUAAAGUCACCAACACCGCAGGGGGAACCCCCGGCGGAAUUCGCUUCAACAACAAAAUCGGAGCAGACUAUAGCAGGCAAACCCUAGUCUCCUCCACCAACUUCAUAUGGCGCUUGUUCCAGCAAAACACAGCCGCGGACAGAAAGAGCGUCUCCAAGGUAACCUUAAUUGUUGAAAACAUCACUGGGGUGGCUUACGCCGUCAACAAUGAGAUCCACGUCAGCGCUAGCUACAUAGCUGGUUACUCUGGCGAUGUUAAGAAGGAGAUCACCGGUGUGCUUUACCAUGAGUCAACGCACGUGUGGCAAUGGAAUGGGAACGGUCAAGCCCCAGGGGGGUUGAUUGAGGGAAUUGCUGAUUAUGUGAGGUUGAAGGCAGGGUACGCGCCAAGUCAUUGGGUUCAGCCGGGGCAAGGGGAUAGGUGGGAUCGGGGGUAUGAGGUCACUGCUUGGUUUUUAGACUAUUUGAAUAGUUUGAAAAAUGGGUUUGUAGCUGAAAUGAAUAAGAAAAUGAGAAGUGGUUAUAAUGCUAAUUAUUUUGUUGAUAUUCUGGGGAAGAAUGUUGAUCAGCUUUGGAGUGAGUACAAGGCCAAGUAUGGAGGAAGAUGAAUUAAUGUAGUGCUUCUGUAGCCUCAUGCAGGCCAAGGACCGAUGUAAGUAAAUAAAAAUGUUGUAUUAAUCUAUUUGAUCAUAAUAAAAUGGUGUUCCAAUUAA